AGUAGCGUGCGUCGUCAGUACGCAAUGGGUGGCGACGUGGAAAUCAUGGUGGACAGAAGGAGCUAGUCCAGUGCUCGACUUAAGUUAUAUCAUAAAUCUAUAACGCUAGGUCCCUGCUGUAGAUAUUUAUAAUAUAUGUAAUGAAUACAUCUAUUCUAUUUUUCAACACCGAGUUUCUCUUUACUUUUGUGCCACUGGAAACGCGAAAGAAACAUUUAUGACAGACAUUGUGAGCUUUUAUACUGGCCAAAAUGGGAGCCAAUACAAGCCAGAUCAGUGACUUAUCAGAAAAUACAAGUCUCAAGGCUUUAGUUGGAACUGAGGUCAUUUCAGAAAAUGAUCCCUUCUGGAACCAGCUCAUCUCAUUCACGUUCAUCAGUCCCACUUGCGGUGGUGACUCGAAGUUAUUGGAAGAAGCAGUCAAUCCAUUAGCCAAGAUGCUUAUUGAAAACAAUCCUAGGACUGGAAACUUUUGUGCUCUUGUAAGAAUUUUCCUUGGGAGGACCAAGGAGCUAAAAAUAUCAACGGAAUGCCAAGAUCAGCUGUUUAUAUGGCAGGCUCACAAUGCUCUAUUUAUGAUUCGCUGCCUGCUCAAGGUGUUCAUCAGAGAAAUGAAUGAAGAAGAGUUGCACCUACAGUUUUCGUACCAGGAGAUGGCACCAGGUGUCUGUGGAGAAACCAGCCGUGAGGACCUCCUUGAGGAGCUGCUGUCCAACCUUAUUCACCUGAUUGUUGAAGUGCCCCUGCUAGACAUAACUUACAGCAUUCUGUUUGAAGCAGUGACCACACUGCUGGUCUUGUUUUCAUACCAACUCUUCAGUAAAGAUAUCCUCAGAGAUGGUGUAAUAUACCAACAUGCUAUGAAGGGUAGAUGUUUAACUUUAACAAGUCGACUUGUGAAGACACUGCUCUAUAACUUCAUCAGACAGGAAAAAUGUCCUCCUCCGGCAACUCACAUAUUUGAACCAAAAGCUGAAGGUGGUCUUCUGUAUGGCCUGGCAUCUGGAGUUGCUAGUGGUCUGUGGAGCGUUUUCACUUUGGGAGGAGCUGCUACCAAAACAGGGCUCGAUCAGGAUCACAACCAUUUACCUUUAUCCAAUCAGAGCCUUUUGCUUCUUCUGGUCCUGGCCAAUCUUACAGAUGGACCUGACUUUCCCAACCCUUACCGGCAGGCCAUUACUUGCUUCAGAAAUACACAAGACACGUCAGUGCCCCCUGUGGAGCAGCCUCACACGUUCCAGAUUAAUUUCAACAGUCUGUACACAGCUUUGUGUGAGCAGCAGCGCUCCGACCAGGCCACGCUGCUCCUGUACACUCUACUCCACCAAAACACCAAUAUGAGGACCUACAUACUCUCCAGAACAGAUAUGGACAACCUGGUGUUGCCAAUCCUUGAAAUCCUUUACCAUGUGGAGGAGAGAAACUCUCAUCAUGUCUACAUGGCCCUCAUUAUUCUUCUAAUCCUAACUGAGGAUGAUGCUUUUAAUCGCUCCAUCCAUGAAGUGGUGUUAAAGAAUGUUUCAUGGUACACAGAAAGGUCAUUAACAGAAAUUUCACUUGGAAGUCUACUCAUCUUAGUAGUUAUUCGCACUAUUCAGUUUAAUAUGACUCGAACAAGGGAUAAAUACCUCCAUACCAACUGCCUGGCUGCACUUGCAAACAUGUCUGCACAGUUUUGGUGUCUGCACCAAUAUGCUUCUCAACGUAUUAUUAGCCUAUUUGCUCUGCUUUCCAAAAAGCACAACAAGGUAUUGGAGCAGGCCACACAGUCGCUCCGAGUCAGACACGGAGACAAUACUGCAUUGCCUGACUAUGUGAGUAACACAUUUGCUCUUACAAUUAAGAUCGAAUUCACAAAUAUUUUAUUUACUUUUGUCAGACUGGGGCUUGUCUGACACUUUCAGCAUACA